UAGAGUCAUUGAAUGCCAAACCAGACUGGGAUCAGACUCCAUUAAUGGCAGCUUUUAAUUCUCGGCGUGAGGUACGCUUUUCUGUAAACCUUGCAAGCCGCUAGAAUCUCUGUAUUCGCCACUUGUCUGGUAAUUAAUCGCACCCUCAGAAUUUUCCCACCACUGGAUCUUCGCAAAUUUCAAAUUGAAUAUUACUGAAUUUUUACCCGUCGAUGUCAACUGAUUAAUUGGCCCUGGCUGCCUGGCUGGCGCGGAGGGUUAUAAGAAGGUCCCCCUGGUGCAUGCCCCACAAGUGUUUGAUUAAUUGCCUGACUGAAAAUUGAGUUGCUUCUUUUAAGUUCUUGCUUCUCUUUCUUGAUUUGGGUGUUUGGAGGAAAGAAAAUGAGCUACUCUGGCGUUGGUAUUAGCCCUGGGAAUGUCCCUGUGUACCAUAGCUCGAAUUUGAAGGUGGUUGAUAAGAGGAUGAGGGUGGUUGAGUUGGUGUUGAGGUUUGUGAUAUGUGGCCUUGGAGUUCUUGCUGCUGUUCUUGUGGGGACUGAUACUGAAGUUAGAGAUAUCUUUGCCAUUCGAAAGAGGGCCAAAUUCACAGACAUGAAAGCUCUUGUGUUUUUGGUGGUAGCAAAUGGAGUAGCUGCAGCUUACUCUCUGGUCCAAGGGCUACGAUGUGUGGUUAGCAUGGUGAGGGGAAAUGUGCUCUUCAGCAAGCCUUUAGCUUGGAUCAUUUUCUCUGGCGAUCAGAUAAUGGCAUAUGUUACAGUGGCAGCAGUGGCAGCGGCCGCCCAAUCGGCGGUGUUCGGGAAGCUGGGGCAGCCUGAGUUGCAGUGGAUGAAGAUAUGCGAUCUGUACAAGAAGUUCUGCAACCAAGUUGGGGAGGGACUGGCAAGCGCGGUCGUGGUCAGCCUGAGCAUGGUGGCGCUGUCUUGCAUUUCGGCUUUCAGUCUCUUCCGCCUGUACAGCGGAGGCAAGAGCAAGGGCAGCUCCAGAAGGUAGGCUUUUCGAGUUCAUUGAUAAGCUUCAAACUCCAUAGCCUGAUCUCACUGCAGCUUGAGUGAGGAGGAAAAUGUAACAAUUUUCUGUUAUUCUGAUAAAAAAAAGUGUAUGUUUAAGUUUUAUUCUGUGGAAAAACUAUGGUGCAUCUGUUCAGAAAUAAAUUUGUAAGUUGAUGAAUAAAAUGUUUCCACUUUAAUUUGUGAGAAUUUAGUAGA